UUUGGCCAGUCUCUGUGUCCUCCAACCAUGGGUGCAGGGGUUUAGGGGGGCGCCGCACAUGCACAGACCCAUAGGGGUGCCAUCAAAAGACAGCAUCACAUUAAGAGGAAGAAAUCAUUAAUAUCAGCUUGAAGGGGGGGCUACAGUGGUGCGAUUGAUCAACUUGAGGGGAAAACCUGCCAUCUCUGGAAAAAGGAAUAUCAGUUUUCUUCCUUACUUCAUUAUUUGACAACUUUCUCACAUUUUCCACUGGUUUUGCUGCCCUGAUUUGGAUUAUAAGACUUCUUUUUGGGACAAGUUUUGCAUUCAAGUGAAAGCUUUUGGAUUAUCCUCUGAGGUCGACUGUCCUUUCACCAUCUAAGGGAUCUACCUGCUUAUCCCCUCCACCUGGAACAACUUUGAUGAGCUCAACCUGCUAAUAACUCACUAAAUAACACGAGCAAGGCCUUCACUGACCACUGUGUUUCUGCAACAUUGAAACCACCUCUGACCUCUUGAACCAUGGUGCUGUUGAAGAAGAAUUUCACCUUACAGCAGCGGGUGCGUUUGGCCCAGGGCCUGUGGCUGCUGUCCUGGGUUGCAGUGAUGUCUGGGACCUUCGUCUUUUGUCUGGGGGUUUACCUUAAGACAGAGCUGGUCCGCAGGGCCGAGGUAAUGGACAACACAGAGGUCCAUGUGGUACCCAACAUCCUGAUGAUGGUGGGCCUGGCCUCCAUCGGCACAAAUUGGGUUGCCACACGCGUGUGUCAGGACUCUUUGGAUGCAAGUCGCUUCCCCCGCUGGAAGGUUCUCCUGUUGGCUUGGUUUGCGGUAGCGGUACUGAUAUGUCUUCUGCUCAUCACCGUUGUGGUGCUCAGCUAUGCCCUGCAAGGAAGCCUGGAGGAGUCACUGAAGGUGGGUCUGAGGAAUGGUAUUCGAUUCUACAAGGACACAGAUGUACCUGGCCGCUGUUUUCAGAAAGAGACCAUCGACAGUCUGCAGAUGGAGUUUCAGUGUUGUGGAAAUAACAACUUCAAGGAUUGGUUUGAAGUUCAGUGGGUCAGCAACAGAUACCUGGACUUCACCUCCAAGGAAGUCAAGGAUCGUAUCCGGAGUAAUGUGGAUGGUCGUUACCUCUUGGACGCAGUUCCUUUCAGCUGCUGUAACCCGGCCUCCCCCCGUCCCUGUCUGCAGUACCACUUGACGGAUAACAGCGCCCACCACAGCUAUGAUUACCAAUCAGAGGAACUCAACCUGCACAAGCGCGGCUGCAGGCAGGCUCUGAUCGACUACUACAUGGAAUUGAUGAAUUCAACUGGUCCUGGUGUGCUGUCAGUCAUCUUAAUACAGAUAUCAGUGUUUCUGAGCCUGAGGUACCUGCAGACAGCUGUGGAAGCAGCCAUGGCUCUGGAGAACCCAGAGGAAGACACUGAGGGUUAUCUCCUGGAGAAGGGUGUGAAGGAAACCUUUGAGGAAAUCAAAACCAACAUCCUCACCCUGCUUAAGUUCGGGCAGGUUGACCAGGCUGCAGAAACAACUGAUAACACUGAGAAGGCUGCUUCCCCAACUCCUGCCAGCUAGAGGGGGAAAUUAUUGGAAUAUAAGCAAUGGAGGAAUGAAUGCAGGGGGUGGGGGGUGUGUCUUCAAAGUUUCUUGGUUGUGUGAGUUGAUUGGUGGCUGGGAGAACACCUGUUGAGUUUAGGCUUGAUUUACACUCCACCAAUGCAGCAGCCACAUGGCCAAAACAAGGCAACACAUAGGGGAUUUUAUCAGACCCUGCACAGACAACAAAACAAACAUCUCCUCAGUGCAUGGCGUCAUGAAUUUAUAACCAUCAGAGAACCUGUUCAGGAGAUGUAUACGUAGUACUUUUUGUUGUAAACAGUAAAAAUGUUUUGACAUUUGGCUCAAAUUUGGUAACAAUGCUCGAUGUUCAUCCCUUUUGCAUUUGUAUUAUUCAUCUCCCAACUGUAGAGUUUGUACUAAACUGCAAUGAAAUGCUUAGGAACUUGUUGAGAAUGGCAACGCACAUUAAUCAUAUAUUAAAAGUAGAAGUUUUUAACUGCUAAGAAGAGUCUGCCUUUUUUUGUACAUGCAACAUUUUAGAGGAGCAAAUUCAAAGUAUGGGUUACCUAAGUUCAGUAAGCAGGGUUGGAUUAAGUGUGUGUGUUUGUAUGUGUGUGUGUGUGUGAGAGAGUGUGAUGCCCUAUAUGAAGCUGUCAUCCUGUCUAUUCUGGCAGCUCUGAAACAAUCUGAUAAUCCUGGAAUAGUUAAUCCAUGGACUGCUGCACAAGCAAUAUCAGCCAUACUGACAGCACACAGGAACGCACUCAACAGCACACUGACACAACAUGUUGGAGGUUAUUUUAUAAAGCAAAACAGUUUUUAAAUGCUUUUUAUUUGCAAAGACUAUAUCAUGGUGA